ACUAGCACCUCUGUGCACUCACGAUGGAGGACGUGUGACAACGUGAAUUGUCCGAACUUUUGGCGGUAAUACCCACUUACACGUAUUCAUCGUCAGUUUGACCACGUCUACCACCACCUCACCACGCACUCAAGUGAUAGCAUAAAUGGCAGGGAAAUUCGACGCGCAGAAUGCACAGAAUCUCAUUGAGAUCGAAAAACAGUUCGCUGUCAAAGCCGUCGAGCAGGCCCAGGUAUACUGGAACCUCCUCGAAAAAAUCUCACCACGCCAGCUCCGUCUCACCAAACUCGACGAUGAGAUAUUCGAACACACCCUGAAGGCCUUCCCUGAGAUGACUUCGGAGCCGUACGACAAGCUGAUCAAGCUCGACGAAGACUGGAUGAAGAGCAAAGAAGGCAAGGAACGCUGGCGGGCCUUCAUCCAAACAUAUGAAAAGAAGGUCAAGGAUUACAAUUUUGGCUCACUCAUUCGGACGGACGCUCGGGAAGAGUAUGGCGAGAAGAACACAAUUUUCGUAACCCGCAUACAAUUCUACGCCAUCGAAAUUUCCAGGAACAGGCUUGGAUUGAACGACGCCGCUCACGAAGUAGCCAAAGUCUCGGCUGAGAAAGAGAGGAGAGCCGAGGAGGAAAAGAAGAAGAACACCAAGUCAUCAUAAGCAUUAACACUGAGUAUAUGGAUAGUUGAAAUGUGUACAUCACAAAUAUUAUCUAUCUACCCUGUUCCACCCAA